UUGAGAGUCAACCGGUUCUUUUUGGAGCUAUGUAUUUGUAAGGCUUCGAUGAGUCCACAUACAACUCCUUUUAUCUUAACUUUUUUUUUUCUUUUCUUUUUUCUCAAUAUUCAUUUUAUUUGUUUCCUUUUUUUCCUCAUAGCUUUUUCUCUCUCUUAUUUUAUUUUAUUUUAUUUAAUCUCUCACUCUGUGCAAAUCUUGGAAAAGCCUUUCUCUCUCUAUCUCUUUCUCUGUCUUAUCAUAUAUUUUUCCUUUUUUCUUUUAUUUAUAAAUUUUGGGUUUUUCUCAAAAGUCUCUUCAACUCAUAGAAGCUUUUUCUUCUUGAGCAAAGUCCAAGCAUGCAGACAACGAGAUAACACUUGCCCAAAAACUAGGGUUCCCGUUUUUUCAACUCCCUUACCGCUGUUCUACCUGUUUUUCAGGCUCUAUCUAGAGAGAGAAAUCUAAAGGGAAGAGAGAGAGAGGGAUAGAGAACGAAGAGCUAAGCACAAGAUUUUUCAUUUACUAAAAAAAAUUGAAGAAAAUUUUGCUUGCUUGCCUUCUUUCUCUUUCUUUCUCUCCAAAUCAAACUUUUUUUUUUUUUAUUUUCAUCCUCUGAGAGGGAGUUGGAGACAUUUGGGGUCCGAACCAUUUGUCUCCUCUAUCCUCUCUCCGACUUUUUUUUUUGUUUUUUAAUUUUUUUUUUCUUUGUUCCAAAAAAAACAAAAAUAAUGGAGAAACCCAUUCUGGGUAGUUGAAAUUUUGAGCCAUUUACGUGGUCGAAGGCCGAGUUAUGGCUCGGGAAUAGAGUUUAAAACCAGUCAGUCAAUAAUAGUGUGUUUAUCUGUACAUUUUGUAAAGAGAGAACGAGAAAAGAAAAUUAAAGGAAGAAAAUCUAGAUACUCAAGUCGAGUGAGUGAGUGAGUGAGUGAGUAAAGAGUUGUAGUAUAUCAAAGAGGAAGCAAUAGAGAAAAAGGAAACAUAAAAAAGUGUGUUUGGCAAGUGAGAAAAUUUUAAGAGUAAAACAGGAAGGAAGAAAUUAAGGUGGGGGCUUUCUUUGAUGAGUUUUGGAGGAUUCCUUGACAAUAGUACUAGUACUAGUGGUGGUGGUGCAAGAUUAGUUGCAGAAAUUCCUUACAGUAGUACAAGCAACAACGACAACAACCACAUCAUGCCCUCUACUGCUAUCGCUCAGCCAAGACUCAUUACUCAGUCUCUAACCAAAUCAAUGUUCAACUCUCCCGGACUUUCUCUCGCUCUUCAAACUAAUAUAGAUGGACAAGGAGAUAUGAUCAGAAACAUGGCCGAGAGUUUCGAGCCAGGUAGUGGCCGUAGGAGCCGAGACGAAGAACACGAAAGCAGAUCUGGGAGUGAUAACAUGGACGGUGGCUCUGGAGACGAUCAGGACGCAACCGACAAGCCUCCGAGGAAAAAACGCUACCACCGACACACUCCUCAGCAAAUCCAAGAACUCGAAGCUCUGUUCAAGGAGUGUCCUCAUCCGGAUGAGAAGCAAAGACUUGAGCUAAGCAAAAGGCUUUGUCUAGAGACUAGGCAAGUCAAAUUUUGGUUCCAAAAUCGGCGAACCCAAAUGAAGACCCAACUCGAACGACACGAAAACUCACUGCUUAGGCAAGAAAACGACAAGCUCCGAGCGGAGAAUAUGUCCAUCAGAGACGCCAUGAGAAACCCCAUGUGCACAAACUGUGGUGGCCCAGCAAUCAUAGGCGAAAUUUCGCUCGAAGAACAGCAUCUCAGAAUUGAAAACGCCCGCCUCAAAGACGAGCUCGAGCGGGUUUGUUCUCUUGCCGGUAAGUUUCUCGGUCGACCCAUUUCAGCCUUGGCGACGUCCAUGGCUCCUCCAUUGCCCAGUUCAGCUCUUGAGCUCGGUGUUGGGAGUAAUGGCUUUGGUGGAUUAACCUCAGUCAGUACCACAAUGCCUGAUUUUGGAAUUUCGUCGAACACUUUGGCUGCCCUUCCUCCUCAGUCAAGGUCUCAAGGCGGCGUCCAAGUUCUCGACCGGUCGAUCGAGAGAUCGAUGUAUCUAGAGCUAGCCUUGGCGGCAAUGGACGAACUAGUUAAAAUGGCUCAAACAGAAGAGCCACUUUGGAUGAAAAGCUUUGAAGGAGGAAGAGAAGUCCUUAACGAGGAGGAAUACAUGAGAAGUUUCAAUCCUUGCAUUGGCAUGAAACCUAAUGGAUUCGUCACCGAAGCUUCUAGAGAAUCGGGUAUUGUCAUCAUCAACAGUUUAGCUCUAGUCGAGACAUUAAUGGAAUCGAGCCGUUGGGCGGAGAUGUUCCCUUGUGUUAUAGCUAGAACCUCAACCACUGAUGUGAUCUCUAGCGGUAUGGGAGGAACUAGAAAUGGUGCACUUCAACUGAUGCAUGCGGAACUACAAGUCCUCUCUCCUUUGGUUCCUGUCCGUGAAGUGAAUUUUCUCCGGUUUUGUAAACAGCACGCCGAGGGGGUCUGGGCCGUGGUGGAUGUGUCCAUCGACACCAUCAGAGAUAAUUCUUCUGGCCCACCCUCGUUCAUCAACUGUAGGAGGCUUCCUUCUGGGUGUGUUGUUCAAGAUAUGCCUAGCGGCUACUCUAAGGUUACAUGGGUGGAACAUGCAGAAUACGAUGAAAACCAAAUCCACCAACUUUACCGGCCAUUAUUGAGUUCCGGAAUGGGCUUCGGUGCCCAACGGUGGAUUGCCACUCUUCAGCGCCAAUGCGAGUGUCUUGCCAUUCUCAUGUCCUCCACCGUUCCCACCCGUGACCACACUGCAGGAAUAACAUCAAGCGGGAGAAGGAGCAUGCUGAAGCUGGCGCAGCGCAUGACAGACAACUUCUGCGCAGGGGUUUGCGCCUCGACGGUGCACAAAUGGAACAAGUUGAACGCGGGAAACGUGGACGAGGACGUUCGAGUCAUGACCCGGAAGAGCGUGGACGAUCCUGGUGAACCUCCGGGCAUUGUCCUCAGUGCUGCUACUUCAGUUUGGUUACCGGUGUCUCCUCAGCGCUUAUUUGACUUCCUCCGCGACGAAAGCCUUCGGAGUGAGUGGGACAUACUUUCCAAUGGUGGGCCCAUGCAGGAGAUGGCUCAUAUUGCUAAAGGCCAGAAUCACGGCAAUUGCGUCUCUCUUCUCAGAGCCAGCGCUAUGAACACAAACCAGAGCAGCAUGCUGAUUCUGCAGGAGACUUGCAUAGACGAGGCGGGAUCGCUUGUAGUGUACGCGCCUGUUGAUAUUCCCGCCAUGCACGUGGUGAUGAACGGUGGUGAUUCUGCCUACGUGGCACUUCUUCCAUCGGGCUUCGCUAUUGUCCCUGAUGGGCCGGGCUCUCGUGGGCCCAAUUUGGGGUCGACGCCUAACGGUGGGUGUAGUAAUAAUAAUAAUAAUAAUGGUGGUAGCGGAAGCAAUGGUAACGGCGGUGGUGAUGGGUCCCACAGAGCGAGUGGGUCUCUCUUAACUGUGGCGUUUCAGAUCCUGGUCAACAGCUUACCGACGGCAAAGCUCACGGUUGAGUCGGUGGAAACCGUCAACAACCUAAUAUCGUGUACGGUUCAGAAAAUCAAGGCUGCUCUUCAGUGCGAGAGUUGAUACCGUGUCACGUGAGAUCUCACGUGAUUGGACCUCCACUCGUCAUAUAUAUAAUAUAUAUAUUUUUUCUUAAUUUAAUUAAUUAACAUUGACUUGUGUGUAUGGUAGUAGGGGUGGGGAGGGUUGAUAUUUAGCUGGGGAGUUGGGUAUUUUGUGUGUUUUUGGAGUGAUUGAAUUAGACUCAUUUCGGUGAGUUUUUUGAGUUUGGUGGUUGUUGAGUCAAGAACGAACCCCCCGUUGUGACUCAUCCUUGCAUGGUGGUAAGAAUAACUACGUAUACGAAUGACCGAAUACUUAAUUGAGUUUCAAAUCAAUUACUCGGUGCAAUAACGAGUUUUCUUAACACAAGGCAAGGGUGGUGGUUCGGGUAUUGACUCUGGUCAACCCUGGUGUUGGCUCAAGUAGCAUUUAACAAGGUUGAAAAUAUUUCCCAUGAUAAAGGAAAAAAAAAUAUAUGCAUUCUUGAUUUAAUUUUUAUUA